GCUUUAUAUUGUUCUGAAAAUGCGAGCCUAUUAAUCUCUUGCCUGGGAUUUGUGUUUGUAUGUUAAACAACUUUGAGUAUAGAAUUAGUCAUUAGUUUUUUAGCUUAAUCUUCAUUCUCCAUUACCUUAAUUGCUUAUUGAUCUAAAAUGUGGUUGUAUGUGCCUUUCCAGGUCAUGGCAAGACUCAUAAGGAUGCAGCGAGCGUGCGGGCCACGCACCCUAUCCCGGCGUCGUGUGGGCUCUAUUACUUCGAGGUCCGCAUCGUGUCCAAAGGCCGCGACGGCUACAUGGGCAUCGGGCUCUCCGCUCACGGCGUCAAUAUGAACCGCUUACCUGGCUGGGACAAGCAUUCGUACGGGUACCACGGCGACGACGGCCACUCCUUCUGCUCGUCCGGCACGGGCCAGCCGUACGGGCCCACCUUCACCACCGGCGACGUCAUCGGCUGCGGAGUCAACCUCGUAGACAACACCUGCUUCUACACGAAGAACGGGCACCAUCUAGGCAUCGCGUUUCGUGGCUUGCCGCCGAACCUGUACCCGACGGUGGGGCUGCAGACGCCCGGCGAGGUGGUGGACGCGAACUUCGGGCAGCAGCCCUUCGUGUUCGACAUCGAGGACAUGCUGCGCGAACUGCGCGCGCGCACCCGCCUCGCCAUCGACGACUUCCCGCUGCCCGACGAGGCGCGCUGGCAGCAGGUGCUGCACAGGAUGGUGUCGUCGUACCUGGUGCACCACGGCUACUGCGGCACGGCGCAGGCGUUCGCGCGCGCCACCGCACAGCCCAUCGUCGAGGACAUCGCCUCCAUCAAGAACAGGCAGCGGGUGUCCAAACUGGUGCUGGCGGGGCGCAUCGGCGAGGCCAUCGAGCUGACGCGGCGGCUGUACCCCGGCCUGCUGGAGCGCGACCAGGACCUGCUGUUCCUGCUCAAGUGCCGCCAGUUCGUCGAGAUGGUCAACGGCUCGGACUCCGAGGUGAGCGGGCUGGCGCGCUGCGUGGCGGGCGCGGCGGGCGCGGGCGCGGGCUGCGGCUGCGGCGCCACCGUCAUCGCGCACACCGGCCGCCCGCCCGCCACCAACGGUGUACAGGGUAGCACGUCAGAGGAGCACACAACAAAUUGUGACGUAGACAUGCCGCCUGCGCCGCACGCCACCAACGGCGCUCACGCAGGGACGGUGCUCAAGGGCAUGCCCGGCGUCACCGCCAGCGUGGCCGCGCUGCUGCCCUUCCCAGAGGCGGCGGGCGGGUGUGGCGCGCGCGCGUCGGUGGAACGCAUGCUGUCCUUCGGGCGCGAGCUGUACGCCAUGAGCCAGAAGCUGCAGCAGGACCGCCACCACAAGUCCAUGCUCGAGAACGCGUUUAGUUUACUAGCCUACAGCAAUCCCUGGGACAGCCCCGUGGGCUGGCAGCUGGAGCCCGUGCGCCGCGAGUACGUUUCCGAGGCGCUCAACUCCGCGAUACUCGGUGUCUCCAACUCUUCAGAGGCGGCGGGCAUGCAGUGGCGCUCGCCGGUCGAGGAGUGCGUGGCCCACUCGCGCGCGCUGCUGCAACGCAUGGCGGCGGCCGGGCUGGAGGCGGCGGGCGGGUGCGGCGCGCGCGCGUCGGUGGAGCGAAUGCUGUCCUUCGGGCGCGAGCUGUACGCCAUGAGCCAGAAGCUGCAGCAGGACCGCCACCACAAGUCCAUGCUCGAGAACGCGUUUAGUUUACUAGCCUACAGCAAUCCCUGGGACAGCCCCGUGGGCUGGCAGCUGGAGCCCGUGCGCCGCGAGUACGUUUCCGAGGCGCUCAACUCCGCGAUACUCGGUGAGUCGCCACACCAAUAUGAAUAACGGC